ACCUCCUUGCGCAGACUCCGUUUUCACUGACUGGGGGUUGGCAAUAUAUCCGGAAGAAAGAUGGGAUGGGAUUAACCAAAUGUAAUUUUUCCCCAUGCUUGUGGAAAGUGCUGUAAGAACAUUUGUGUAAAUGGUCGACUGGGCACACUGGAAGCUGAUUUAUCCCACUGAAGUCUAAAUGAGGAAACAGCGCAAGAAAUAAUCAAAGUCCCGGGUGGCAAGAGCAACAGCUCUUUUUUUUUCUAUCGUUCCUAACAUCCUCAGAGGUGACAAGUAAAGACGAUACUCGGCUGAAGCCUUGACUCAGCAGGUCUUUAAAACUGUGGAUCAUGAGAUUAACAGGGCCCCUGAGAGUUGUGGCUGUGCUGCUGUUGGUGGGGCUCACCUGGCUGCUUGCAAACACUUUAUUUGGAAAGGAGAGUGGUUCAUCUGUGCGCCAUUUCUUCAGUGGUGCAAGUGAAGAACCAACCCCUGAACCUCGCCCUCGAAAAUAUAAAUGUGGGCUUUCGGCUCCCUGUCCCCCGAAACACUUGGCUUUCCGCCUGGUGUCUGGGGCUGCCAACGUCAUUGGUCCCAAAAUCUGCCUGGAGGACAAGAUGUUAGUGAGCAGUGUGAAGAACAAUGUUGGCAGAGGACUUAACAUAGCUUUGGUGAAUGGGGUAACAGGAGAGCUCUUGGACACAAAGAACUUUGACAUGUGGGCAGGAGAUGUUUCUGACCUGCUGAAGUUUCUCCGGCCGCUCCAUGAGGGGACACUCGUGUUUGUGGCAUCCUUUGAUGAUGCAGCUACAAAGCUGAACGACGAGUCUCGACGACUAUUUGAAGAGCUUGGGAGCACGGCAGUGAAGGAGCUGGCCUUUAGAGACAGCUGGGUGUUUGUUGGAGCCAAGGGCAUCGAGAAUAAGAGUCCUUUUGAGCAGCGUAUGAAGAACAGUAAGAGCAGCAACAAGUAUGAAGGUUGGCCUGAGUCUCUGGAGAUGGAUGGCUGUAUUCCCCUUCGGCCACCCCUGGAAGGAUAACGCUGCCCAGUGCUCCCUCGCCUACAGUACUACACUAACACCUGGAGCAGCAGCAGUGGAUCCAAAUGACUAUUAGAAAGCCAAGGACCUGCUGAAUGACUGAAACCAUCCAAGAUUCGGGCCACAAAUAAUCUUUUGUUUUCCUUCUCAUGGCAGCGGCAUGAGCUGACUUCAAAGAUUGUCUUGGGACCUGAUAUAUUUAAGAUUGCUGGAACCUGUUGUAGAAGGAUUGUGUGUUAAGCUUUGUGAGCCACCUUUUGAGCUGAAGUCUUGUGUCAGGUUACGGGAAACUUGAGAGGCCAAAUGUUUGAUGACCAAAGUGCAACAGCGACUAGUGAAUGAAUACAGCUGGAGUAGGUCUUCCAAAGCCGUUGUAGGAAAUGGAUAUAUUUCCUCUCUUCAAGCCUGCAGGGUGCUUGUAGGGUGUCAAUAUUAUGCGCUUGAGCAACAGGAAAAUGACGCUUUGAAUAUAUUUGAUAUUCAGCAGGAAAAAGACACACCUAACUAGUUUCACACUAAAGGCAUUGGGAAACCUAAUCCAUGUCAAUACAAGGAAAACAUUUGUUGUAUUCUAGUAGUUUGAAGGCGUUCUACUAAGCUCCAGGUCUGUGUGCAGAUUUUAUAUUUAAAUCCGUUAAUAUAUUUUCAUCCUGUGAUUAUAUAUAUAUAAUUCAGUGACAUUGUUAUGCAUAGUGUUGGCUGCCAUUGUUUCCUUAGAACUUGAUGCGCAGCACUUACUGCUUGCCACGUGUUUACAGAUUUCUUUAGACAAAUUUGGCCUAGGGUCAUUUUCCUUUUGGUAAACCUAUUUAUUUGAAUACUUUAUUAUAUAAACACAGCAGAUUAAUUGUGGUGUGGGUUCAUCAUAACACUGCCCAUAGGUUUUAAUGUCACCUCAGGCCUGCAAGCAUCUUUCCACUAGGUGCUUUGUUUAAAAGAUUCAACCUAAAUCUGUGAUUGUGUAUGUUGUUUUUUAAAAUGUUGAAUGUAUCCACCUGGUGUCUUGCAAGCCUAAUGUGUAGGAAAUGUCUGAUGCAUAAAAGUAAAAAGAUUAUUUUAUGUGUAAGUUUAGAAGUCCAUUUUAGCUGCCUUUGUCUGGAUUAUGUUAUAUUACCUCUAAGUGUCAAGAUUUUCUACAAAGCAUCACAGUCUGUGUUGUUAUAUUGUGACAAUGCUGAUGAAUAAAAAAAUGUCCGAAUAA